AAUUUUUCACAUCAAGCGACCAUUUUUCUAAACGUCGGACAUUUCAUUUUCUUAAAUUUAAGGUAGAGGUCUUGAACAUGAUAAGACGAAAAACCAUGCUGAAGAUUAGAAAGUUUUUUAUUAUUUUCUUUUCACUGCUUCUGGUGUUUAUAUGGUGCAAUCAUAAUAGUCCUGCCGGACCAGAAAGCCACGUUCAGCAUAUCCCCUCGCUCGAAGCUAAAUCAAAUGUUCAGAAUCAACAAGAAACAACGGAACACCCAAAUCGAAGAUGGUCCAAUUCGGAAGAUAUUUUAAAGAAAGUUGCGGAACCAGAAAGUUCAGAUAUACUAGAGAAAUAUCCUCCGGCGGACGACGAAGAUUUUGAAACUCUAAGGAUAAGGAAACGCAAGAAGCGAAUACAAAACUCGUUCGGGCGUUAUUUUGUUAGCAGUUCUAAGUGCAGUAUGCCCUAUGUGGACCCUUUCUCCAGUGAGGCAUUAGCUAUCCUCCAGCCGGUGAAAUACAAGAGGUGCACCAACGAAAGUGAUCUCUUUAUGCUGAAGUACGAUACCAAAUUGCAGCAAUAUCGACUAAAUGUGAAUAGGGCUGCGUUAUCGGAACUAUCCCAUCAUCCUAAUGAAAAAAUCACUUGCAACUAUAGAGAGGUGGCCGACGACAUUAAUGAGGAAACAGACGCGUAUAUAAAAAUGAGUUUCGAAAAAGAAGUGGUUUUAAGCUGGAAAUCAAUUGGCAUCGUGGCGGAGUGUCAUGAAGAGGGAAAACCCCAACAGGUUCUCCAGCAGGAUGCGUUUCCUCUGGUGCAAAUACUCAACAGGACAUAUAUUACAGAGUCCCAGCCACUGAACAAAAAGCCAAGCAUCAUAAUGCUGGGACUAGACAGUCUUUCAAGAAUGAAUUUUAAGCGGACUAUGCCAAAAACCUCAAAAUAUGUAAAAGAUCUCGGAUUUUUUGAGAUGGAGGGUUACAACAAGGUGGGAGAUACCGUGUUUUCUAACCUUUGCGCCAUUUUUGCUGGCGAACAAUCCGAUAAGAAGUGCCUAAAACGGUUCCCCUUGAUAUGGAAAAAGUUUAAGGAAUCGGGUUAUAAAACAGCAUUUGCCGAAGACAUCCUACGUUCGUCCAUUCCUCUGGAGAUUCCCUCCGAUUACCAACUACAUUCGCUGCUAACGCCCGUCUCCGAAACAAUGAGUACAUUCCGAAGAUUCGGUUUUGAAUACUGUAUGGGUAGGCGCCUAAGUUUCUCCUAUUUGUAUGACUUCUGUAUGCAAUUCACCCAGCGGAUGAUUGAGGAGCUAGAUCAGCCGGCCUUCGGAUUAUUUUGGAGCUCUACUUUCACCCGUAAUUACCCGCUGGGUUCCAUCAGUCUGGAUGAUAAGUUCGUGGAGUAUUUGGAGAUAAUGCGAAAGCAUCAGGUAUUUGAGCGGUCUAUUGUGGUACUGCUAAGUGACCAGGGUCAAAAGGCAGGGGAGCUGGUGGAGUUGCCUGACACUUUUCUCGAAGAACGUCUUGCCAUGCUUCAUAUAUACUUGCCAGAAUGGUUCCAAGAGACAUAUCCAAAGUUUGCCGAAAAUCUGAAUCUCAAUCGCAAUCGGCUGACUUCUCCAUUUGACUUGCACAAUACCCUGAGGCAUAUACUUAAGCUUAGCGAAUCGAGCUCUGAGGAACUGCCUCCAUUACAAUUCUGUCCCACCAGUCAGUCCCUGUUUCACCUGAUACCCCAAGAUCGGAGUUGCGAGGAAGCUGGAAUUGGAAUGCAUUGGUGCACCUGCAACGAAUUUGUUCUCCUUCCGAACGAUGUUAGUUCCUAUUUUUUGGGCAAACUACUGGUGUACCACAUCAACAACUGGAUGCUAAAGAGGAAGUUCAAUCGGUUCUGCCAGCGAUUGCAACUCCAUGAUCUGGAUUAUGUCGAAAGAAAGUUGGUCAAUGACGAUAGCACCGACGGACAAGUCAAAACAUAUAGCCUUAGGAUACGCACCUAUCCUCUUGGUGGAGUUUUCGAGGCCACGAUUCGCUACAGUCAGGAUCUCAAUGAUAUGGUGGAUUUCAGAAUGUCGGAUGUCAGUAGCAUGAUCAACUAUCACAAUCACUCGAAGUGCGUAAAUGAUAGAACGGCCAAGAAGUUUUGCUUUUGUUAUCCGAAUAACUUGGAUGGAAAUAUGAAGGAAUGGAGAAAUUUAAAAAAGAAGUUCACUAAAUAAAGGGAAAAAUUUUAAUCUGGUGAUCAAAUACAAAAUCGAAAAAAGAGGUCCUUAAAUAUACCAAAUUAACCCAAUA